AUGAACACUUCACAAUUCACAGAUAGGGCAAACCAUGCCCUGAUGCAAGCUGGAGAGCUGGCUGAACAGUUUGCCCACCCCGAGAUUGUCCCCAUUCAUUUGGCCGUGGCCUUGCUCAACCCCACAUCCGAGGACGCCGAAGGCCAACAACCUGUCCACGACUCUCACAAAUCCGCAAAUAUCCCACUCUUCAAGCAGGUCAUUGAAAGAGCCCAUGGCGAUCCACAGCAACUUGAACGUGCCUUACAAAAGUCCCUCGUUCGACUACCGAGCCAGGACCCUCCGCCGUCCCAGAUGGCCAUCUCGCCCGCCCUCGCCAAAGUGCUGCGCGCGGCCAAAGAACUAUCCAAAACACAAAAGGACAGCUACGUUGCGAUCGACCACCUAAUCACCGCUCUGGCGCAGGACCCAUCCGUCAAGCGGUGCCUGGCGGACUCGAAUAUUCCCAACGUUAAGAUGAUUGAUUCCGCAGUGCAGCAGAUCCGGGGGACAAAGAGAGUAGACUCCAAAACUGCCGAUGCCGAAGAGGAGACAGAAAAUCUCAAGCGAUUCACUAUCGAUAUGACCGCGAUGGCGAGAGAAGGAAAGAUUGAUCCCGUCAUCGGUCGAGAAGAGGAGAUCAGACGAGUCAUCAGAAUCCUGAGUCGGCGAACGAAGAAUAACCCAGUCCUCAUCGGUGAGCCUGGCGUGGGAAAGACCACCAUCGUUGAGGGUUUGGCCCGGCGGAUCGUCAACGCUGAUGUCCCUGCAAAUUUGGCUCAAUGCAAGCUCCUCUCUCUCGACGUCGGUGCCCUUGUUGCUGGCAGCAAAUAUCGUGGUGAAUUUGAGGAGCGCAUGAAGGGCGUCUUGAAAGAAAUCGAAGAUUCAAAAGAUAUGAUCGUGCUAUUUGUGGAUGAAAUGCACCUUCUGAUGGGGGCUGGCAGCGGCGGCGACGGCGGUAUGGACGCUGCCAACCUUCUCAAGCCGAUGUUGGCCCGUGGCCAGCUGCACUGUAUUGGUGCAACCACUCUCGGAGAAUACCGCAAAUAUAUUGAAAAGGACCAGGCUUUUGAGCGCCGUUUCCAACAGGUCCUCGUCAAGGAGCCCUCAGUGAACGAAACAAUUUCGAUUCUUCGAGGCUUGAAAGAGAGAUAUGAAGUUCAUCACGGUGUCAACAUCCUCGACGCUGCCAUCGUUUCUGCUGCUACCUUGGCAGCCCGUUACCUCACGGCCAGACGACUUCCGGAUUCGGCUGUCGACUUGAUCGACGAAGCAGCUGCUGCAGUCCGCGUUGCCCGAGAAUCACAACCGGAGGCCAUCGAUACCAUGGAAAGGCGUCUCCGUCAGCUACAGAUUGAAAUCCAUGCCCUGGAACGAGAGAAGGACGCCGCCUCGAAAUCACGAUUGGAAGUUGCUAAACAAGAGGCUGCCAACGUAAACGAGGAGCUACGGCCGCUCCGUGAAAAGUAUGAGCGAGAAAAGCAACGCACCCGUGAUAUUCAGGACGCAAAGAUGAAGUUGGACCAGCUCAAAGUUAAGGCAGAAGAAGCCACGCGGUCCGGCGACAUGCAGACUGCCUCCGAUUUAGUCUAUUAUGCGAUCCCUGAUGUUGAGAAGCGGAUCGAACAAUUGGAAGCCAUUCGAGCCCGCCAAGAGGCGGCUGCAGCUGCUGCCCCUGGCGCCGACGGAGGUGAAACACUCCUCGCAGACGCAGUCGGCCCGGAUCAGAUCAAUGAAAUCGUUGCUCGCUGGACCGGUAUUCCCGUCACUAGGCUAAAGACGACAGAGAAGGAUCGCUUGCUCCAUAUGGAGUCACACUUGGGCAAGAUAGUUAUUGGCCAAAAGGAGGCUGUUACCUCCGUCUCCAAUGCCAUUCGGCUGCAGAGAUCCGGCCUCUCCAAUCCCAACCAACCGCCAAGUUUCCUGUUCUGCGGUCCCUCUGGAACGGGUAAGACUCUCCUGACAAAAGCACUGGCCGAAUUCCUCUUCGAUGAUCCCAAGGCUAUGAUUCGAUUCGAUAUGUCUGAGUACCAGGAGCGCCAUUCACUCAGCCGGAUGAUCGGCGCUCCUCCAGGAUAUAUAGGACAUGACACUGGCGGUCAGCUUACUGAAGCUCUUCGACGCCGCCCAUUCUCCAUUCUACUCUUUGACGAAGUCGAAAAGGCUGCGAAAGAGGUCUUGACUGUUCUCCUCCAGCUAAUGGAUGACGGUCGUAUCACCGAUGGUCAGGGCAGAAUUAUCGACGCCAAAAACUGCAUUGUCGUCAUGACCUCCAAUCUUGGUGCUGAGUAUCUUUCUCGGCCCAACACCGCUGAUGGCAACAUCGACCCCACGACGAAAGAGCUUGUGAUGGGCACACUGCGUGACUAUUUCUUGCCCGAGUUCCUCAACAGAAUAUCCAGCAUAAUCAUUUUCAACAGGCUGUCCAAACGAGAAAUUCGGAAGAUUGUCGAUGUUAGACUGGGCGAGAUCCAACGCCGGCUGGAGCAGAACGAUCGAAAUAUUCAAAUUUCCUGCUCAGAAGCAGUCAAAGAUUACCUCGGCAAGGCUGGAUAUUCUCCGGCUUAUGGCGCCCGUCCACUAUCUCGACUCAUUGAAAAACAGGUAUUGAACCGCCUGGCUGUGUUGAUACUCAGAGGAGCCAUCCAAAGUGGCGAAGUUGCUCGUGUGGUAAUGCACGAAGGACGUAUUGAGGUAAUUCCGAACCACGAGGGAAGCGAGGAAGAAGAUGAGGAGAUGAUUGACGAGGAUGAUGCGCUUGCCGAGAUAGAGGACGAUAUGGGGGACAAAGAUCUUUACGAGUGA